CCCCGCACCCCGCCCAUGACGUCAUCUGCGCCACGUGGCCUCCUCAGCGACGCGGGGCUGCCGCGCCCCUCGGCGCCGAUUGGUCCAGGCCGCGGGAGGCGGGCGGGGAUUGGCGAGGGGGCGGGGCGGGGCGGCGCGCAGCCGGGAGAAUGAAUGGGGCGCGCGGCUGUGGCGGGACCCCGGCGCGGUGGCGCGAAGCGGCUCCGGGAACGCAGCGAGCACCAGGCGGAGCCGCCACCGCCAGCGGCCAGGGCCAUGGGCACUCCGGCCUCGGUGGUGAGCGACUCUCCCGGACGAGCGGCGCCCGCAGCCCGCGCCCGGAAGCGGGCCUCGGCCAAUAUCUUCCAGGGCGUGGGGCUCCGAGAGCUGCGAAGCCUGUUCCGGAGCGGCGGGGCCGAGCGGCCCGAGGAGCGAGCCUGCCUCGUCUGGCGGUACGCGGGCCAGCGGCGCAUGGCGCGGGCCCUGCGGCGGCUUCGGCGACUGCGAACAGCCCGGCCCGGCCCUGGGAUGGCAGCGCUACGGCGCUUCGAACACCUUCGGAUCUCGGAGAAGAAGCUGGAGGGUGACUGCGGGGUCCAGACGGGUUCGGUGUCCAUGUAGCAGCACUGAGUUGCUGGGCCGUGGAGAGCAGCUCUCCAAGGACCCUAAGUGUACUGGGCAGGGUGCAAUGAAUGGUUAAUAAAGGGUGGACAGUG